AAAAAAUCUGGCAACCCUGCUUGACACCUUGACAGAUUUCCUUAACUUUUAUUGUCUACAAAAAGAAAAAAUCAAUUUUACAUUUAAUUAAAAGUACUCUGAAAAAUGUCCACACAAAAACUUUCCAUGGCGGUAAGAAGCUUCAGUACAAGCAAUGUCGCAAGCCAGCUCGUAAAGCCCCCAAUCCAGCUUUUCGGCAUUGAAGGACGUUAUGCCACCGCCCUAUACUCAGCGGCAAGCAAGCAAAAGUCCCUCGAAGCCGUAGAAAAAGAUUUGAUCAAGUUGCAGUCGUCCAUCAAGACAGACGCGAAGUUACGUACCUUUAUCGAAGACCCAACCAUUAAGCGUUCAGUAAAAUCCAACGCUCUCAAAGCCGUUGGGGACAAAAUCUUUUCGAAACCAGAAUCCACUAACCUUUUGAGGAUUUUAGCCGAGAACGGACGUUUGCCAAAAUUAGGCGGCGUCAUUAAUAGUUUCAAAAUCAUUAUGUCUGCUCACCGUGGAGAGGUUACUUGCGAAGUUAUCUCUGCCAAAGAGUUGGACGCCGACCAGAAGCAGAAAUUGCAAGGCGUAUUAAAAUCGUUCGUGAAGUCGAGCGAAACCAUUUCCCUGACGACCAAAGUCGACCCCAACAUUAUCGGGGGCCUGAUUGUCAGCAUCGGAGAUAGGUACGUCGAUAUGUCCGUCGCCAACAAAAUUAAGAAGUACACGGAGCUCAUCAGCGCAACCGUUUAAUAAGUUUCAAUUUACGCUAAAAUAGAUAUUGUAAUAGAACUAUUAUUAAAGCGAUUUAAAUCGUUAA